CUUCUCGACUCGGCUCUGCAAAUCGAAGGCUUCCCGGAGCAGCCUAGGAGCGGCCGCGGGCGCAGCGAAGGCGACGGGAGGAGCGCAGCAGCCUUCGGGCAGCCACCGCGGCGUCGCUAGAGUAGCCGGGGAGGCGCCGCGGGGCCCAGCGCGCCCUCCACGCUAGGAGAGGGGAGAAGCCGGGGGCUGCAGCUGGGCAAGGGGGAGGAAAGUGCGUGUGCGUGCGCGCCUGUGUGCAAGGCAGAGAGUGCGGGGGGCGACAGUCUCGGCUUAGGGCGGAGGAGAGGGCAGGGGAACGGGGGUGCAGCUCCCCCGCCGUCCCCCGAGGUUUUCCCGCGGCUGCCCUGGGCUCCCCAGCGCCCCUCGCCAUGGACUUGCUCGGAGUUGGGACGGGUCUCCGUAGCAGCGAGCGGCUGGCUGCCGGGCCCUGGGGGAGCGCGGGCGCGCGCGCGGGGAUGGCGAGGUAGGAUGGCCACCCAGCGCGACCCCCGCCGCCCCAACCCAGCGGCCCCUGGGCGGUGCCGCUGACUCGCCGGAGCGCACAGGGGUGUGGGCGGAGGCGGCCCCGCCGCGCCCGCGCCUUCGGGAGUCGCCUCGCCUCUUCCACCCACUUGCACCUGCCACCGCGCGGAUACCAUGUCGAAGGCGGCCGGAGGCGCGGCGGCGGCGGCGGCGGCGGAAAGUUGUUCCCCAGCCGCGGCCGGCUCGUCCGCAGCCGCGCCCGUGGAGGACCUGUCCAAAGUGUCAGACGAGGAGCUGCUGCAGUGGAGCAAGGAGGAACUGAUUCGCAGCCUGCGGCGCGCCGAGGCGGAGAAGGUGAGCGCGAUGCUGGACCACAGCAACCUCAUCCGCGAGGUGAACCGCCGCCUGCAGCUGCACCUCGGCGAGAUCCGCGGCCUCAAGGAUAUCAACCAGAAACUCCAGGAGGACAACCAGGAACUGAGGGACCUCUGCUGUUUCCUGGAUGAUGACCGGCAGAAAGGCAAGAGGGUGUCCCGGGAGUGGCAGAGACUGGGUCGCUACACUGCCGGGGUGAUGCACAAGGAAGUGGCCUUAUACCUGCAGAAGCUGAAGGAGCUGGAGGUGAAGCAGGAGGAAGUGGUGAAGGAGAACAUGGAGCUCAAGGAGCUCUGUGUGCUUCUAGAUGAAGAGAAGGGUGCGGGCUGCGCGGGCAGCCGCUGCUCCAUCGACAGCCAGGCCAGCCUGUGCCAACUCACAGCCUCCACCACACCCUACGUGCGGGAUGUGGGUGACGGCAGCAGCACCUCCAGCACUGGCAGCACUGACAGCCCGGACCACCACAAGCACCACGCGAGCAGUGGCAGCCCGGAGCACCUGCAGAAGCCCCGGAGCGAGGGCAGCCCAGAGCACUCCAAGCACAGGAGCGCCAGCCCUGAGCAUCCACAGAAACCCAGGGCCUGUGGGACCCCAGAUCACCCCAAAGCACUCAAAGGACCUAGCCCAGAGCACCACAAACCCUUGUGCAAGGGCAGCCCCGAACAGCAAAGGCACCCGCAUCCAGGGAGCAGCCCCGAAACACUGCCUAAGCACGUGCUGAGUGGGAGCCCGGAACACUUCCAGAAGCACCGGUCAGGGGGCAGCCCUGAACAUGCCAGGCACAGUGGCGGGAGCCCGGAGCAUCUUCAGAAACACGCCCUCGGGGGGAGCCUAGAGCAUCUCCCCAGAGCCAGGGGCACCAGCCCGGAGCACCUCAAACAACAUUAUGGAGGGAGCCCUGAUCACAAACAAGGAGGAGGCGGUGGAGGAGGUGGAGGCAGUGGCGGAGGCAGCAGGGAGGGUACCCUCAGACGGCAGGCGCAGGAGGACGGGUCACCCCAUCACCGGAAUGUCUACAGUGGCAUGAACGAAUCAACCUUGUCCUAUGUUAGGCAGCUGGAGGCAAGAGUAAGACAGCUGGAGGAAGAAAAUCGCAUGCUGCCCCAGGCCAGCCAGAAUAGAAGGCAACCUCCAACUAGAAACAGCUCAAAUAUGGAGAAAGGCUGGGGGCCCAGAGCCCGGCGGGUCUUGCAGUGGUGGCAAGGGUGCCGAGGAAUAGGACGAUGCCUGCCCACUCUCCCGGGUUCUUUUAGGUUGUCAUCAGGGGCUGAUGGGAGUAACAGUUCACCCAACUCUGCAGCUAGCGUCAGUGGACAUGCCACACCUUCCCAGCAGCCUGAACCUGUGGUACAUUCUCUUAAGGUUGUGUGGAGGAAACUUGGAGAUGCUGCAGGUUCGUGUCCUGGAAUUAGGCAACAUUUGUCAGGAAACCAGUACAAAGGACCAAUGUGAGAUGCACUCUUUUUCAAACAGGAGAUCACCACUGCCAGAAAGAGAUAGAAGACAAGAAGAAGUAAAAGGAAACUGUGGGUUUCCACAAACCUGGACUCAUGGAAUAACAUGGAGUGAUUGUACAUUGCACAUAUCUCCCCUCUAAAACCUGUAGUACAACUUCUCCCGUCAAGCUAAUAUUCUGUGUCUCUCACCUCAAUGUCCGCAACAGUCAAUCUUAAACAAGGUAGCUUUGAAAAUCUCAAAAAGAGUAGCUUUGAAAAUCACCAUUUUGGUACCAGUGUUUUCAUUAGAAGUAAGUGUUUUUAACUCCCCAGAUAUAAUAUCGUAAUUGGGAAAUCUGCAUAGUUUUAAGAGUCCAGUGGAGCCUCAGUGUUCUGAAUAGAGUUGACUCCUUGCACAUAAUGGUGGGAGUUUUCUACCAUGUCAUAUUGAAGAUAUGAAGAGGUAUUUUCCAGCUUCCCAAGUUUGAGAGUUGGGCAUCUACCUCUUAUACUUCAGUCAACCAACAAACUACUAAUUCCAGAUUCAUAAUUAAUUUGGAUGCAAGAUAAGAUUAAGUUUUUGGAGUUUGGUGUUGACUUCUGAGGUGCUAAAAAAUACCACGUAAAUUCUCCCUACCAGCUAGAAAGGUAGUAAGACUUUGUAGAGUGCUUAUCAGAGAGUACCAUUGACUUCAAUUGAUCAAUAGAAAUACAUCUUUUUCUUUUCGUCUUAAUAAGUUUUUCAUAAAGACACAUCUUAGGGCAUACAAGCCUUCAUAUUCAUUCAGUGGAUCCAUUGAUGUUCAUAUUAACAAUUUCAACUAAAAACUAGCAAACAUAAUUUUUCUAAGUGUUUCGAGCUGUGAGAUGUCAAUUUCUAUAAUUUAGUUUCUAGACAUGCUGUAUAUUUAAUAAACUUUAUGUAAACUUUAAAAUAUUGCACUGCAUUUAUGAAAAAAGCUUUCUUUGCCUACUGCAGCAAUCUAACAUUUUAUGAAACUGACGCAUGUCCUUCAUUAUUGAGGCUAAAAGCUCUUGUUCAGAUUGCCUGAGGUUUGAAAAAGAGGUGUGCUAGCUUUGCUUAGUUUAUUUCUUAUUUUUGGUAUACAUAUACAUAUAUAUAAUAUUAGAAUGUGUGUACUGGAAAUGCUAUGAUAGGUAUUUUGUGUUUAUCCAAAUGCAAUGAUAGUUUCUUGUAUGAAUGUGCAAGAGGCCUGUGACCGAAUGCUACGUUUUUAUGGUAGUUUAAGAUUAUAAAAGUAGAAAUGCAACAAUUCCCAGUUUCGGGAUAGGUUCUACAUUUCUGAGAUUUGAUUCAUAGCAGAUAUUCUCUGUUGUUGUUUUAGAUGGGCUCAUUACACAAUGAGUUAAUUGUCACUAGUAGGAGACUGUGAAGGAAUUUUGUUAUACUUUCAAAAAUGUUACUGUGAUGAAAAAUCAUCCCUCUAUUUUCAGAAAAUAUUUAUGAAUUAAUUUACUAUAGAAUUCUCUCUCUAAUUAUCAUAAUUGGAUAAUGAUUUAAGCUUCCCUUUAAAAAUGUUAUAUUUUAAAAUGUUAUUACUCUAUAAAAGAAAAUUGCUUGCUAUAUUUACACCUUCUUUCCUAGGAAAGCUUUCAUCCUUAAAUUGCUGUAUUCCUACACUCUGAAGACAUUUAAAAUAAGCUUUUGUGCCUGCAGCAGAGCCUGCAGAAGCUAAUACAAGGGACACUGGUCUUUUGACAAAAUAAAGUUGUGUAAAUUUUGAUACUGUAUUAAAACUAUUUUUUUAAAGUUCUGCAUAAAAUUGAGUAUUAAGUAUAUGUGUUCAUCUUAGCAAUGGUAAUAAAUUAUUUAAUCUCA